CCAGACACAACCCCCGCCGCGCACAAAUCCGAUCGUAGUAAUUGCACCUAGCACAAACACGUCCACAACACAGCACACAUCCCUCGCGUCGUCGUCGUCGUCGUCGUCGUCGUCGUCGUCGACGCCGUGUCACAUCACCACCACCACGAUCGAUGACCCCUGUCCAUGCCAUUGCCCUGUCGGCCCCACGCACGCACGUACGGUAUGCGUUCGUGUAUGUAUGUACUGUAUGUUUGCUUUUCCCCCUUUGUCUCUUGCCUCGCGUGAGUCUGAGUGCUCGCGUGAGUGUGCUUGCUUGCUUGCUUGCUUGCUUGCUUAACGCCUCUUCUCAUCUCCGCCAUGCGUGCGUGCAAUCUUCUCAUCUCCGCCAUGCAUGGCGGGCUGCGCGCAGCCGAGUCGACGGCGUCAUGACAGCGCGGGUGUGCGCCCGGGGCGCGCGGACGCCGACGAAGCCACUUCGCUUAGGAGUAUUGCUGGGUAUACGUAGGUAGGUACGAGGAGUGGACGGGAAGAUGGCGGGGGUGUCGGGCCUGCGUGUAGGUUUGCCUUCCGAGACAUAGGUGGCGGGGCGUGUGCGCCCGCGCGUGUGCGGACGCGACGUGAUGCGAUGAGAUUGAUGUGCGCGACCA